AUGCGAAUUCUUCUCGAUGUUCAUCCAUUAAUAAGAUGUGGUCCAGAACCAGUGGUUACAACAUCUAUUUUACGAUUUAAAAAAUUCUAUGAACAUAUGCCAAAACAAUUGUAUGCGGCAGGAAUUUAUCCGCAUGUAUAUAAUCGUGCAAUAGCUGCAUUUUUUAAUGAAAUUCUUAUUAAUAUGGGUCCACCAGCCAAACGGUUAUGUCAUAAACAACCAUUUUCAUUUUAUUAUUUAAAUUAUUUAAAUGAAAUAUUUCCAAAUGCAAAAUUUAUUCAUAUGAUACGUGAUGGACGUGCUGUGAUUGCUUCAUCGAUUAAACGUUCAAUCAAUCCAUUGUAUGUUUCGGAUAAACCAUAUUUGGCAUUUAAUUAUUGGGAAGGGAUUACUAAAAAAAUGCAUGAAGAUUGUUUAAAAAUUGGUUCAACACAUUGUUUAACUGUACGUUAUGAAGAUUUAAUAUUGAAUACAGAGAAAGAAACAAAAAAGAUUUUCAAAUUUCUUGAUUUACCUUGGGAUCCAAUAAUUUUAAAACAUGAAACUGUGAUUAACAAGAUUUCUAAUUUAAGUCCAUAUGAAGCAAGUUCAAAACAAGUGAUCAAUAAAAUUUAUCAAAAUUCACUUUUAUCAUGGACAACGAAUGAUUCUAUACUACCAAGAGAAUUGAUUGAAAAAAUACAUUUACAAAGUGAAUUAUUGAAACGGCUGGGUUAUACACAACUUGGUUUCCCACCAAAUUAUUCUCUGUUAAAACCACUUUCUUAA